AUGACAUCCUCCGAACCCCGCCUUCAGAUCCGAACCCAACACUGCACAUUCUGCAACCACCUUCUCCUCGCGACAACACGAGAUAUAUCAACCCUCCCCCGUCGAGGCGGCGAAGCAAAGGAUAAAGCCAUUAUUCUCCCACUGGAGGACCGUACAAUUGGAGAAGACGCGGAUAUCAACGAAGCGCAAGGCACAAGGACAAAACAUGCGACAUUACUUCUUUCCACCACUAUACCUGAUCGACGCGCUACACUUAUCAGACGUGAAGAUGGGAUUGAGAAGAGAGUUCUUUUGCGAUGUGGACGGUGUAAGGCUGUGAUGGGAUACUAUCUCGACAGUGUGCAUUAUGGAGAAGAGAAGACCAAGGUUGUCGAGGAUGAUGAUGGGAAUGUGGAAGAGAAGAGGCCGGCGGUUUAUAUUCUGCCCGGAGCUAUUGUUGAGACGGACAAGAUGGGAGGGAAUAGUGAUGAUGCAGAGUGGCAGGGGUGGAAUAAUGAAGCCUAG